UUAUGGUUGGCAUGGCUUGAUUGCAUGUUUGUGUAAACAAAAUUAAAUUAUAAUAUUACUAAUUUAACAAAAGUGACGAGUUAUAUUAAACUUAAACUUGUUCUGACUUAACACAAGCAAUUAAUAUGUCUCAGAAUUCAGAGAAACCUUUACAAAAUCAAGAUGUUGUGGAUCCAACGGGUCCAGGCGCUCGAAAGGGAGUUAUUAUAUCAUUCAGAACCGGAAAAAUGAUGGAAAUACCGGAAAAAGAUAUAUUAGGAAGAUGCAGGUUUGUAGGUGAAUUUGAGAAAUUGAAUCGCAUCGGAGAAGGCACUUAUGGUAUAGUGUACCGAGCCAAAGAUAAGAAAAAUGGCAACAUAGUUGCAUUGAAGAAAGUAAGAAUGGAUGUAGAAAAGGAUGGUCUGCCUUUAAGUGGACUCCGAGAGAUUCAAGUUUUAAUGGCCUGCCGCCAUGAAAAUAUUGUGCAACUAAAAGAAGUGCUAGUUGGACGGUCACUUGAAAGCAUUUUCUUAUCAAUGGAGUACUGUGAACAAGACUUGGCAUCUCUACUGGAUAACAUGACAUCACCGUUCACAGAGUCGCAGGUGAAAUGCUUGAUGCUUCAAGUGCUGAAAGGGUUGAAGUAUCUUCACUCCAACUUUAUUGUGCACAGAGACCUUAAAGUAUCUAACCUACUGCUAACUGAUAAAGGAUGUGUGAAAAUUGCUGACUUUGGUUUGGCUCGUUGGCUCGGCGCACCCGCCCGCAGCGCUACGCCCCGCGUCGUGACUCUCUGGUACAGAGCUCCGGAGUUACUGCUGCAGUCUCCCAAACAAACACCUGCGUUAGACAUGUGGGCUGCUGGGUGCAUACUCGGGGAACUGUUAGCCAACAAACCCCUCCUGCCUGGCAGAUCUGAGAUAGAACAGUUGGAAUUGAUUGUUGACUUGCUAGGGACUCCAUCGGAUGCCAUUUGGCCGGAUUUCAGUUCGUUGCCGGCACUACAGAACUUCACAUUGAAGCAGCAGCCGUACAACAACUUGAAGCAGAGGUUCCCGUGGCUGUCGGCUGCGGGUCUCAGGCUGCUGAACUUCCUGUUCAUGUACGAUCCUAACAAGCGUGCUACUGCUGAGGAGUGCUUGCAGAGCUCAUACUUCAAGGAGCAGCCUUUACCGUGCGACCCGAAGCUGAUGCCAAGUUUCCCACAGCACAGAAACAUGAAGGGCCAGCAGAAAGGAUCGUCCAACCAACUGAGCAUCCCCCUCUCAAAUCUCAACACGGGGGCAAACGAUCAAACAAACAAUCUGCCGGCGAUUUCCGAUCUCCUAGGAUCCCUAGUCAAGAAGAGGCGCUUAGACUAAGAUACGUAGGUUAAGGUUCAAUAAAAUUUCAAGACUA